CCACCUCCUGGGCUGGCCCAAGGGCCCCAUAUAAACCCCCCAGCCUGGGCGUCCCCCCGUAGAAAGGAGCCGGAGCCGGUGGGGGCAGUGAGUUUGCAGGCGCCCGGCCCAGCCCGCGCCCCCCCAUGCCCCCCGCCAUGUGGGAGGUGCGCUCCCCCUCCUUCUGGAGGGCCGUCUUCGCCGAGUUCUUCGCCACCAUGAUCUACGUCUUCUUCGGCCUGGGGGCCUCGCUGCGCUGGGGGGUCGGGCCCCUCAACGUGCUGCAGGUGGCCCUGGCCUUCGGCCUGGCCGCAGCCACCCUGGUGCAGGUGCUGGGCCACGUCAGCGGGGCCCACGUCAACCCGGCCGUCACCUUCGCCUUCCUGGUGGGCGCCCAGCUCUCGCUGCUCCGCGCCGCCUUCUACAUGGUGGCCCAGGUGCUGGGCGGGGUGGCCGGGGCGGCCGUGCUCUACGGGCUGACGCCGGCCGCCAUCCGCGGCAACCUGGCACUCAACACGAUCCACCCCGGCGUGACCCUGGCCCAGGCCACCACCGUGGAGAUCUUCCUGACGCUGCAGUUCGUCCUCUGCUUCUUCGCCACGUACGACGAGCGGCACAACGGGCGCGUGGGCUCGGUGGCGUUGGCCAUCGGCUUCUCCCUCGCCCUGGGACACCUCUUCGGGAUGUACUACACGGGAGCCGGCAUGAACCCUGCGCGGUCCUUCGCCCCCGCCGCCAUCACCCGCAACUUCUCCAACCACUGGGUGUACUGGGUCGGGCCCAUCCUAGGCGCCACGCUGGCCGGCCUGCUCUACGACUUCGUCCUCUGCCCCCGCAUGCGGGGCCUGGCCGAGCGGCUGGCCAUCCUGAAAGGCGAGCAGGUGGCGGAAGGCCAGGCCCCCCCGGAGCCCCCCGGGGAUCCCAUGGAGCUGAAAACGCAGGCGCUAUAAGAGGAGCCCGGGCAGCGCCCCCAGACACGCCGCGCCCCCGGGGCGGGGUCGGAACCAGCGGCAAAGCCUGGCCCAGUAUCCGGACUGUAGUUCUGACUGGCCGGUAGGAAUCACAGCGGAGGGG